AGUGUUCUUGAGGCAGUGAAGCAUUCCAUAGUUCUUUUGCAAAUAGCUAAAAAUACAACUCAUCCCGUAAAUGGAAUUUAUAGCAUAAAUGGACCUAAGAAUUCUGAUAUCAAUUUAAAACAUUCCACAGGUGAAGAACAAAAAAGAGGUUUGAAGCAGGUUUCAGGCCAUGAUCACGAGGGUAAUAUUGAACGAGCUGUGGAGUGUAGUGAAGACAUUAAUAUUGAAAAAGAUCUACCUAGUAACUUAAAUUUGGUUGUUCCCGAGACGUCAUAUUCAAGCAGUGACGACGAAGAUUUCUUUGAUGCUACGGAAGAAGCAAUUAGUUCUCUUCAAAAUCCAAUUGUUGAAGGUCCUAUAUCCUCUGACGUAGUUACGGUACAGCGGCGAACAUCACAUCCACAUAGACUUACAGCUCAAGACUAUGACGCUUUGUAUGAAGAUGAAGAAGAGGAAUUAGGAUCUUUGGAAGGACAAGGAAGUGUAAUUAGUCAUUUACUUUCACAAGUCAAAAUUGGAAUGGAUCUGACGAAAGUUGUUCUCCCAACUUUUAUACUUGAACGUCGAUCUUUGCUUGAGAUGUAUGCUGAUUUUUUUGCCCAUCCUGACCUAUUCAUUAGCAUUCCAGAUUUUGAUAGCCCUAAAGAUCGUUUUGUGCAAGUUGUUAGAUGGUAUUUAUCAGCUUUUCAUGCUGGCCGUAAAAGCUCUGUUGCUAAGAAACCAUACAAUCCAAUCCUUGGAGAAAUAUUUCGAUGUUUCUGGCACAUACCAAACGUUCAGGAAGAUGAUGAUUCUCCCAAAAAGGUGGAAGAUGGACCUGUACCAUGGGCAACAAGAGAUCAUUUGACUUUCAUAGCAGAGCAAGUUUCACAUCAUCCUCCUAUCUCUGCUUUUUAUGCUGAGCAUGUGAACAAAAGCAUUAGCUGUACUGCCCACAUAUGGACUAAAUCAAAAUUUCUUGGACUUUCCAUUGGCGUUCAGAAUAUUGGACAGGCUAUUAUAAAUGUAUUAAAACACAAUGAGGAAUAUAUAUUAACAUUUCCUAAUGGAUAUGGCAGAUCUAUUCUAAGAGUUCCAUGGAUUGAAUUGGGAGGAUCUGUUACUGUUUCAUGUCCACAAACUGGUUAUCAUGCAAAUAUUGAAUUCCAUACCAGGCCUAUUUAUGGUGGGAAAAAACACCGCAUCACUGCAGAAUUGUUUGGUCCAAAUGAAAAGAAAUCAUUUCUUACUGUAACUGGUGAAUGGAAUGGAGUGAUGGAAGCUAAAUGGGCUUCUGGGGAAACUGAAAUAUUUGUUGACACAAGAACAAUUCCAAUAAUAAAAAAAAGAGUAAAACCACUUGUUGAACAAGAAGAGUAUGAAUCUAGGAAAUUAUGGAAAGAUGUAACUACAGCAUUAAGAUUAAGAAAUGUAGAAGCUGCUACUGAAGCUAAAUUCUUGCUGGAGCAGAAGCAGCGAGAGGAAGCGAAGGAAAGGCUGGAAAACAAAAGAAAGUGGGAAACAAGGGCUUUCCAUGAAAUCUGUGAAAACUGGGUAUAUGAUAAAUCAUUGCAAGUAAGAUUACAAGAAAAAGAAAAUAUUGAACAGAUUAAUUCAGACAAGUCUCCCUGAUGGGAUGCUAUGUAAUAACUUUCAUACCAAUGUGCAUAUUUAUUAAUCUAUGUAAUAAAUUUAUGUAUUGCAGACACAAAUCUGUUUCAUAAAUUGCAUAUUAAUAGACUUUGUUUUUCAAGAGAAAUAGUGUGUUUAAUUUCAGUUUCUAUUAAAAUACUAAAAUGGUAAGUCAGUAUUUUUCUUUGUUAUUCAUUUCUCUUUAUAAACACGUAACAUAUUUAUUGUUAACAUUUCAUCAUUUAAUCAUGUAAGUUGAUGAAAUAUGUUAAAAAUGUGAUGUCUUUUAACACUAUGCCUUUAAAGAUAAAUAUAUAUACCUAUAACCUUGUUAAAAUGAAUGCAUAUUAUAUAUAUAUAUAUAUUAUUGGGAUUCUGUUUAUUUAACAGGGUCUCUAUACUGCCAGUGAUACAGGAAAUUUAAACCAUAUGUGAAUUUUUCACACUGACUACUUAGUAUUUUUAUUUGUGAAAUAAUAUUAUUAGAAGAUUUGUAGCUAUUGAUAUUUGAAAAAUUAUUAUAUUUGUAAUAUAAAUUAAAAAUAUAUUUUUAGCAUUAUGUUUUAGGAAAAAAUUUCACGUUUUUCUUUUUCCUAUUACAAAUAUGAGAAGGACUUUAGAUUCUUUGUAAUAUUUAUAGGUCUAAUUGUAUUCACACUGUUCAAAGUGAGAAGCUCUAGUUACUAAAAAUAUGGCAAAUCUUCUGGAAGCCAUUGAUUGCCAGCUAUUAUACUUCCUGCUAUUAAUUUUACAAUUUUAUAAAAUAUUAUGUACUAUAGUAUUGCUGUAAAAAUGUAAUUAAUAUGUUUGGUACUCAUUUUAAAGCAUAAUGCCAAAAAUAUCAACAUCAGUAUUUUAUUAAUAUUUUGUUUUUAUAGUAUUAGUAUAUGAUCAUAUUUUACUAAAUCCUAAUUCCUUUCGUAGGUGAAACAUUGUCUUUCAAACUAUAGCUUUUCCUCUUGACUGAAGUUGGGAAUCCAAUAUAUAUUUUGUAGGCUUGGCGAAAUGUUAAAGCUAAUUUUAAACAUUGAAUCUACAUGAAAAAAAAAAUGGUUUUGACAUUAAGUCUAUUAAUUUAUUUAAUUUUUAAGAUAAAUUAUUAUGACUUAUUUUUUGGUUACUCAAACUGUUGUCACUUCUGUGAAUAUUUUGAUUGCUCAAUAAAUGUAUUUUCCUUUUA